AGGGGGCUGAAUGUAAUGGACAGGCUUAAUUAAUAACCACCGACUAGCUCUCCCUGACCCUAGCUGCUCACACAUGUUCUCACUGCGUCCAAACACAGAUAUAGGGAUACUCACUGAUGGUGCUGUCACCGUGGAGAUAAAAAAAAUUAAACACAUUUUCAACAAAACUCGGAUUGUAACAGCUUAAAGGAAAACAGAAGUAUAGCAAAAGCAGGCCCUCCUGACCCACUUAUAGGCUCUGAAUGAAUGAGUGGGUGGGCCCCGACAUCAAUGUGGUGGGACAACUGCAGCUCCCGCCCAGUGAUGACUUCUCUCUGUCUGAGAACGCGCACCUCUUUGAUAUUUUGGUGGACCAAGCCAGCCCUCUCCUGCAAGACUCUGACAUGUUGCCGUUCAGCAGCUGCCCAAGCAUGCAGUAUCCAUCCAUGGAGCCCCACAUGUCCUCUGCCCCCUCACCAUACUACUCCAACCACAACUACUACCCCCAGUACAACGGGGACGACUGGUACACACACAGCACGGGGAUAUACGAGCUGAGAAAAGGCCCUUUGGAGGUGGGCUAUGAGGCGGAGAUGGAGGAGGUCUCUGCUGCUGUGCCUGUAGUGUGCAAGAGGACCAGGCACAUGCAAGCAGGCCGUGUUAAAGGGGAGGAGCUGUGUGUGGUGUGUGGAGACAAGGCGUCAGGAUACCACUAUAAUGCUCUGACAUGUGAGGGCUGCAAAGGUUUCUUUCGCCGGAGCAUCACAAAGAACGCUGUGUACAAAUGUAAAAGCGGAGGUAACUGUGAAAUGGACAUGUACAUGAGACGGAAAUGCCAAGAAUGUCGACUCCGGAAGUGCAAAGAGAUGGGCAUGCUGGCAGAAUGCCUCCUCACUGAAAUCCAGUGCAAAUCCAAAAGGCUACGGAAAAACACAAAGUCGUCACCAGGCACAGGAUCGAUGGGAGAAGAGACGGAGGGGGGCGAGCAAACAGACAGUAAACAGGUCACCUCCACCACCAAACUGCUCAAGGACAAAGUUGAGAUCACCAAAGAACAACAAGUACUUAUGCAAGCCAUUUUAAAGGCUUAUGAAAGACAUCAAAUACCCCAGGAUGUCGCCAAGAGACUGCUUCAUGACCAGUACAGUGCAGAGGAAAACUUUCUCCUCCUGACAGAGAUGGCCACAAGUCAGGUCCAAGUUCUCGUUGAGUUUACAAAAAACAUCCCAGGUUUUCUGUCGUUGGAUCAUGAGGAUCAGAUAGCUCUGUUGAAGGGCUCAGCUGUGGAAGCCAUGUUUCUGCGCUCGGCCCAGGUCUUCAAUCGGAAGACACCUGCUGGCCACACAGAGGUACUGGAGGAGCGCAUUCGCAAGAGUGGUAUAUCAGAGGAGUUCAUCAAACCAAUGUUCAACUUUUACAAAAGUAUAGGAGAACUGCUCAUGUCUCCAGAGGAACAGGCACUCCUCACGGCUGUAACUAUCUUAACACCAGACAGGCCGUACGUGAAGGACCACGCAGCGGUGGAGAGGUUGCAGGAGCCCAUGUUGGAGGUGCUAAAGAAGCUGUGCACCCUUCAUCAUCCUCACGAGCCCCAGUACUUUGCACGUUUACUGGGACGCCUCACAGAGCUCCGUAGCCUCAACCACUACCACGCAGAGAUCAUUACGUCCUGGAGAGUGAAUGAUCACAAGUUUACACCCCUGCUCUGUGAGAUCUGGGAUGUGCAGUGACUUUCCAAAGCCCCAUUCACACAUGCAGCCUGACCCAGGCAAUGACCUGUAUUUUUCCAGAACAGUGUCAUAAGUGAACAGAAUGGAUUUCCCUGCAUUUUUGACCCAACAAUUCCCCGUAAAUUACCAGUAAUAUGCAGGGAAGGUUUAUGUGUGAAUAAAGCCAGAAAAUUGCCAGUACUUCUGCUUGGUUUCCUUGGUUACAAACGUGGUUUCCUUGGUUACAAGUUUGGUUUUCUACUUACUCUGCGUGGUUAUGUUACGUUUUCAUCCAGUCUAAAUGAUGCAGAAGCACGUUGCUGUGCGAGAGUGCAGAGGCAAAUGACAGGUUAAAGCAAAGGUAAAGGCCCUGUACCCGUAUUUGAGCUCAAUUUGUGCUCCACUACAUAUAUAUUGUUUAAGCAGCUCUUGAUGUCAAGUAUGUCUUAUCUGCUUCUAAUUAUAAAGCAUUUUAUUGUCAGAUAAUCAGGAAGUGCACGGUUAGCUUAUUGUCAGCAUUACAAAACUCCGCUCUGGCCUCUGAAAGUUGUGAAAAGCACUUAUAAAUUCAUCACAGUGAAUAAUUACAAUGCUCUGAAUGUAUUAAGUAAGUGAGGUUACACUUUGGACAACUGCAAAGCAUUUAAAAUGAACUAGUUCUGUUUUUCAUGUUUUUAAUGCUCCUUUCAUGUGGUCCUUGGGAACCCGGGAUUCCAAGGUGAGAUGUCAGGGUUCAGACUUAUUUACAUUCAUGUGUUUUUAUCUCAGAAUAUCUGGAUUUUGAUGUCACCAUCAAUAAAAGAGCUUAAAGAGCUAACCAGAAAGAGUUGAUGCUGCUAGCCUUCUAAACGGUUAUUUGUUUACUUUAUAUUGGUAAUUAAUUAAACUGUUCUUUCUUGUGCAGUUUUCAUUGCUCAUAAUGCUCAAUAUGAAUGACUGACAGUUAACCCCUAAAUGUAAUCACAUUUAGUCAAAGAGCUCAAAUGUGUUUGGCAAAUCAUCACAUUUUGGUUCAUCUGCACAGAGCAGGUAACGUGGAGGUGCAGAGGUCAAGCAGAAGGUUUUGACCCGAGUUCCUGGGUUGUUUUUCUGACCUGUGCAGCAAAUGAGCUACAGUGUUUUUAAGUGUGAACACAGCAGACCCCGCAAUUUUCUGGGACUGAAAGCAUUGGUGAACGCAUUGCUGAGCAUUCUGGCAUCUUGUACCAAGCAAUUUUCUGGGAACUAUGUGUGAAUGGGGCUUAACAUAUUUAUAGUGGAGCUGAUUCUGUCUUUCUUGACAGUGUACUAAGUCAAAUAUUAGAAUUUGUGCAGUUGGUAGAAUGGCAUCCAAGUGAGCUUUGGUCUAAUGGACUUUGUCAGACACUGGUGUACUCUGAACCUAAAGUCAACAUUGUCCCACAUUGCACAUCCUCCCAGAGAGUACAAAACCUGUCCCACACUACAUGUCCUCCCAGAGAGUACAAAACACUGUCCCACACUACAAGUCCUCCCAGAGAGUACAAAACCUGUCCCACACUACAUGUCCUCCCAGAGAGUACAAAACACUGUCCCACACUACAUGUCCUCCCAGAGAGUACAAAACACUGGACUUUGUUUGAGCUAAAUAAAAUAAUUUUGUUGUGUGUUUUAAGAGUUUUGAGAACCUAUCUCUAUGAAUAAAAUUGAUAUGUCAUUAACGAGAAAAAUAAUUAACAAUACCUGUGCUCCAAUUCACAAUGUAUAUGUACAGUGGUGGACUAAUACAAUUAUGAACACAUUUUAUUUAUUAAAAUAUGGCAUGAAAAACACAAAA